CGCGUUGCCCCGGAAGAGCUCGGCUGGGCUCGGCACGGCACGGCAGGGCCCGGCACGGCUCUGCUGGGCUGUGCUGUGCUGUGCUGGAAGAUGGCCGAGUCCCCGGAGGAGGUGGCGGUGCUGGUGCAGCGGGUGGUGAAGGACAUCCGCAACGCCUUCGCGCGGAACCCGCACAUGUGGUCGUGGUCCUUUGCAGUCCCUGGCAAACAUUGUCCUCUUCAACCGAGCGUCCCGUUGGUGCCACAGAUCCAGCUUCGAAUUCCUUAAAUCUGGCUCCGCAGAGAAUUUGGAGCAAGCUUUCAUAAGGCUGUGAAGUUUACUGGAAGAUACUUUUACCCAGUCCCUACAAGGAUAGGUCCUGAUAAAAUCAUUGGCAUGGGUUGUCCCACUGGAACUGAUGGACUGCCAACACUGAACAGAUCAGUGCAUGCUUUCUUUAUCAACUUUGCUUUUCUUAUGCAUGUGAGGUCAAACAGAAUAUAAGAUUCACUUGUCAAAAAAGUACCCGAGUUGUGGGUGUAAUUGGGAAGCUGAACUCUUAGAUGGUAGCCCAGCAUUUGUGUGUGAAAUCUGAGGUGCUUUCUAGUUUGCAGACAACGAUUUAUAUCAGUUCAGUUUGGAUCACUUUUUCUGACUCAAUUCACCAUGUUCUUACUGUGUUUAAAAAACACUCUUCAUUUUAUGAGAUUCAGAACUCUAAAUCGAGGCGUUUUUUGGUAUGAUUGCAAAUUUCUCUGCUGGGGACUGAGAAAGAAGUUUUCUUUGUUAAGUCCUUACUGAUGUGAAACUCGUCUUGCUGCUGCCAGAGCUCAGCAGAUGGUUGCACGUAACUUCUCCAGUCUCCAUGCAGGUUAAAGAAGCUCUGUCAUGACAGGCCUUCAGUGACAACCUUGUUCAAAUCAUCCACUGAGUUCUAGCAGCUUCCAUCGUGUGUUUUGGGAAUGUGAGUUACCAUGAUACAUUGAUCACCUGUAAAUCCCAAGGUAAUUCAUGCAGGUUUUGGAACAUGACCGGAGUACUUGCUUUUAGGAAAAGAAUUGCAAGUACACCAAAAAAUCAUAAAAUUCACCAGACAAUAAUGGAAAACCAGAGAAUUUAGGGAGUGAAAUGUUGCUUUCACAGUAGGUCAUGCUUCAGGUGACAGCAAAGAACAGCAGCCCUCGACUGCUGUUUCCUUUGGUAUUGUGAGCAGCUUGUAUCCUGACCUAAGCGUGGGCAUCCUCCGUCCUGCAGCUGGCUUGUGCAGUUGUGUUGAUAUGACUGAGGUGUGCCCACGCCUGGGCCGGAUCGAUUCAGCCGGGGUAAGUGCCAGGUCCCGCUCUGGGGUCACAGCAACCCCAGAAGAGCUGGUGGUUGAAUCUGAGGAUCUGUAAGUUCUUUUCCAACCUGGAUGAUCCUACAAUUCUGUGACCGGAGGCUGUCUGCAGAAGAUUAGGGGUAUUUCAGUCAUUUACUUUUACAAGCGCUAAUUGGGUCACUGGUGCCUGCACAUGAGUCCUGCUGCAGAAGCUUUUUUUUGGGGGGAUGUACGAUGGAGCAAAGGCUGCCGGAGUUCUCAAGCAGUGACUGACAAAAUGAACGGCCUGCCCUCUUACUUGCUCCUUUUGCAGACCAGAGGGGCCUUCAGGAGCAGCCAGCUGGAAAAGGUGGUGGUUUGUAUGGAUUGUUUUGGCCGCAAGUUAGGCACCCUGUCGUGGAUAAAUCUGCUCUUCUGGUAUUUUAAAGUAUAAAUUCUGUUCCCUCUCAGGAACUGAAUGCCACAUAUGGUUUCUGAACCACCCAGGUCAUAAGAAGCAAUACCAGGGUGUUGUAGACAGCAUCUCUACCAGAUGACAAGUCCUGGUUUGCAUCUUGGGAAAACCGAGCAGUUACCAGAUACACCACUUCUUGUGUUGCAUUGUAUCUUCACAAUUUUCGUUGUGCCAUGGUAUGGUCCUCUGCCUCUUGGCUUGCUGAGUAUGACCCCAGAGUUGGGGUGUUUGGUUUGUUGGGGUGUUUGCAAACCCUACCUGUCUGUCAUUGUGGCAUCUUCAAUGCAGCGUUGUGAAAUUUAGCUUUCCCAAAUCAGACCUUUUUUACUUGGUAAGGACAGAAGGUGUGGGUGUGCGGUUCUCUGUUUUUUUGUUUUUUCCCCUUGCUCUUUACCUUUGGUGUACUGUCUAUAGGCAUUAGCUGGUAAAUUUUAGUGGUUAUUCACAGAGCUAAUUAGCAAAGCUGCAGGUAACUGUAUCUUUCUUGCAGCUGAGGCCCCAUGUGUCCCAGUAUGCAAGGCCAGACAAAAUUUGACCAAGGACUGUAGGUUUAAGAUUCAUAAAUGAAAUGGAGCCAGCAGUAAGUACCAAAUUUAGGCUAUAAGGCACCCUCUUGAAAGCAGCAGUCUGGAGUGACAUUGUAGGUCUAAUCUGACUAGCUUUGUGAAAACCUUAACUUGUUUUUUCAGUGGAGCAGCAAGCAUUAAAAUCUUUUUUUUUUUUUUAUAUUUAUUGCUUAUGGUGUAGUGGGCAGUAAAAUACAGAGUUUUCCUCUUCUGUUCCCAGGUGACGAGAGAUGGGUAGGGGACAUGGCUGUGCAUUUGGAGACAGAGCCAAGCUGUUUGGGGAUGUCUUCCCUCAGAGAUGAAAUAGGAUUAAUACCCUGUCCUGAAGCCAGAUAUAACCGGAGCCCUAUAGUCCUCGUAGAAAACAAGCUUGGUGUGGAGAGCUGGUGCGUCAAGUUUCUUUUGCCAUAUGUCCACAAUAAACUUCUACUCUACAGACAAAGAAAACAAUGGCUGAACAAAGAUGAGCUGGUGGAUAUCACGUGUACACUGCUGCUACUGAACCCAGACUUCACCACGGCUUGGAACGUGAGGAAAGAAUUAAUACUAUCUGGCACUUUAAAUCCACUUAAAGAUUUGCAUCUUGGAAAACUGGCGUUAACCAAGUUUCCAAAGAGUCCAGAAACGUGGAUUCAUAGACGAUGGGUGCUGCAACAUCUAAUUCAGGAAAACUCCUUGCCCACUCUUGUGAAUAAAGGAAACUUGGGAGCAGCACCUGUGGAGAGAAUUCAUCGACUAGUGCAGGAGGAAAUGGAUGUCUGCUCUGAAGCUGCUGGGAGAUACCCAAGUAACUACAAUGCCUGGUCCCAUCGCAUCUGGGUUUUACAGCAUGUGGGAAAGCUGACUGUCAAGAUUCUCCUUGAUGAACUUGCUUCCACUAAAUAUUGGGUAUCCAUGCAUGUCUCAGACCACAGCGGAUUUCAUUAUCGCCAGUUCUUACUCAAAUCCUUGAUAAGCAGGACUGUGAAUGAUGAUAAUACACUGGUACGAAAUCAAAUGGUAAAUGAGCAAAACCCUAGUCUUCAAAAGGAGGAAGAAGGUGAAGGGGCAGAAGCUGCCUGUGCGGAGGAGCAGAGCGUGGAUGUCCCCCACUAUUUAGAGGAAGAGUUGGAUCUCUGCACUGAUCUGAUCGACGCUUACCCAGGGCAUGAAACCUUGUGGUGUCAUAGAAGGCGUGUGUUCUACCUUCAGCACCACCUAGGCAACAGACUUCCUCUUCUGAGUGCGGUUGUGUCAUCCGUGGACAGCAGUGAUGAAGCUUUUCGUAAUUCACACCCCUGUCCUGCUACACGUCACACGGCACAAGCUAUGGAUGUUGAUGGUUUGAGUGAAUCCAUCUGCAAACAAGGUUAUACUCAAGAAAAAAAACGGCUGAAGCGUGCUCCUUUGCAGGACUCUUUUGGGCCAGAAACAGAAUACCGGUUCAUUGAUAAAGUUUUAUCAACUUGCAGAGAUGCGGACCAAGCCAGGUUUGCUACUGCUUAUAGGAAAUGGCUAGUUACUUUUUUAGGUCAGUGAAGGAAGUGUUUGAAGCCUUCAGGGUUGUUCUUUUAGUGCAAUAUUCUCUUUUCAGACACAAACGCAUGUCUUCAUUGCAAAUGUUAGCUAACCAUGUGUUUCUCACUCUCCUAAUGGUCAGUCCUAAAAUUGAUACUCAGAGUAGAAGUUUGUCACUUUAUUUAUUAAGAACUGGCAUACCUUUUUACUAAGCAAAUACAGUUUGUCAUUCUUUAACCUUUUAAGAAGUCACUCUUUUUCUACCUGUGUGCCAGCUUCCUACCAUGCCAUUGUCUUAUGUUUUAACUUCUGCAUUAAGGUGGACUCUGAAUCAUGUGGCUUUUAAGAAAACAAAAAAAAAAAAAGUACGUUUUUGAAACAGAGUGUCUGGAAAAAGAAUAGGAGGAUUUGUCGGUACCAGCUUAACCUGUUUCCAGGUUUUUCCUCUUUACUAUACUGGAUCGUGCUAAAAAUGUAUUGGAUUCAGACUAUAUUUAGUGAGGGCUAUUACAUUUGUAUUAGCUACCCUUAGCAGAACACCAGACUGCAGUGUUUCUUCCUUGAGGAAGUAAUGGUGUUGGAGUCAUACCUUUUAUUAUUGUAACUUUUUUCCCCUAUUAGUUGUCACAUGAGUUUGACAAGAAAGUAUAUGAAAUUGGAAUUCUGAAAAGCAGAUGCAUCACAAGCACACACACACUUACAGUCUGAGCUAUAUUUGGAAAUAUUUUUCAUAGAGCAGACUUAUUUACCUUCAUAUCCUACUUUGUAUUUAUUUAUUUAUUUUACCUCAACAAUCCAUAAUUAAUGACACUUGAUAAACAUUUCUGAAUGUAUUACGUACACUACAGAAUAUCAGCCUGCCAAGUCACAAAUUGGUAACUUGUAGUUAACCAACACCAUACAAAUCCAGAAGAUGGUGGACUAAAAAGUAUUUCUGCUGACUGGUUGUUGAGACUAUACAAUUCAAAAAAAAAAAAAAAAAGGAGAAGACAGCUGGAAGAGACAGCUGUCUCUUCACUUCUUGUUCUUCUGCAGGGCUUCUGUGGUUUGUUUUGUUUCUGUUUUUUUUUAUUGUUCUUUUUUUUUUUCCUUUGGAACCCUCUUUCGUUGCACUUCUCCAACCAUAGGACCUCUGUUUACAUAACUAUAAAUUUUAAGGGGAUUUGAUAUACAUUUCUGUUCUGGUGGAAUUAAACAUGAAUGGUUUGUUUUGUUGUUUCUUUAGGAGUUGUCUAUAUAAGGGAUUUUUAAGGGGAGAAAUAUUGUACAACUGUAGAGGUUUGUACAAUGGCAACAUUGUCUCUGUUCCAAACAGAGAAUAUUGUCUGAGGAGAUUAGAUUUUCAAGCUAGAGUCUUCGCCAAAAUUGCUGUAUAUUUCUCCUGCCCAAAGUGCCUCCUGCCUACAGUAGGUUUCAAGCUGCUGUCUCUGUUGGGCAGAGAGAGAGAGCAAGAACAAGGGACUGAAAGACAGGUAGCCUGCUCAAAAAAGUUAUAACCUGAAAAGAAAAAAGUGGUACUUGAGUUGUGGAAUUCAAACAGUCCUAAAUAAUUUGGUGGAUAGAGGUUACCCAUGCAUUUCAGAAUGAAAAUUGACCUCCUCUGGUCUUAUAGAGGAUGUUCAUAAUCCAUUUCAGCCACAAAGUAGCAGAGACAUUUCUGAGUAUGUGCUUUUCUGUUUGUAGUACCUAGAUACGUCUGACUUAGGCUUGAGGAUCUGCAUGGCAAAGCUUUGUCUCUGUGAGCAUCUAUACCUUUUUCUGUAAAGGUAGGGAGAUAUUACAUGGCAGUUUGUUUUGAUGUGAUCUGAGAUGCCAUCUUGGUUGAUGGUUUUAGUUACAGAAUAAUGUAGCCGAUGUGUGGAAGAGGUGUGGGAAUGGCUUGAGAGGAUUAUUUGGUCAUAAGAUUUUUUCUGUGUGACCACUGCAAAAUUGGUACGUUCAGGUACAAACUAGAGUCAACCCAACUCUAGCAAGUUACACCCAUCCCAGAAGAUGUGAUGUGUUUUGUGUAUGAAAGGUACACUAAUCACGUGCAGUAGCCUGGGUCAGCUUGAUUACAGAUAUCCCAUUAACGACUAGUAGGAACCUGGUAAGUGUGACAUCAGCUGGCAGUCUAUUAAGGACCUUAUUCGUGGUCCUUUGUUAGUUAGACAGUAACUUAGUUGUGUUUUCUUUGUUUACCUUUGCAAAAAUUACCUCCUCAUAAGAAGAACAGAAGCAGACAGAAGACUGAGAAGUGGGAGCAGGAUAGGAAAUGUUUCUUAAAUUGUGGGAGGGAAGAAAUGCUCCCUUCUUGCACUGGAGUGAUUGAGGCUUUUAGAGGAACUUGCAAGAUUUACGCCAGACCCUGACUUGAAACCCAUAGGAUAUUUCUUCCAGACUGAAAUCUGGAGUCUUACUUGGCUUUCUUGGAGCUAAAUCAUGGUUGUACUGUGCUAUUGAAUUUGACAAUCUUCCUGACAUAAACACUUAAGAUCAAACAACUGCCCUCAAAUGCAUGAGUGCAGUUCCUAUUUUUGUCAGCAGGAGUUAUGUAUGCUUGUAUGAAGACAAGAUUUGGUCCUACAUAGCUGAAUAGAGUUUCAUUGUGCUUUUGUGCUUGGAAGAUGUUCUGAGAGCUCUGAUAAGAGAUGGUGCUGAUAUUUUUAUUACUUGCACAGGACACUGGUGACUGUAGAAUGAAUCCAAAGAGUGAAUUUUUAAAGCCUAUACCUGAUAGAAAAAUUCCCUUUUUUUUUUUUUUAAUCCAAUGAGAAUUGCUGCUUUUAGAAAUGUUUUCAGAAUAGACUGCCACAUAGAAAAGUAAACAAUGGAAAUGAAUUUGAUUGAAACAAGUCAUGUUUUCCAUCUGGAAAGACACGUAAACAGUAAGCUGACAAAAAUAAAAAAAGGCUUUAAUUUUUUUUUCACUGUAACAAUGUAAUUUAUAGGGACGAAUAAAAUAGAUAACUAAAUUAUUUCUUGUUGUCAGUAUCUUGAAGCCUCUUACAUGAAAUGAAUGGAGAGAUACUUCCAGCAAAUUGUAUUAAAUUCACAAUGGUACGAUGUUCUGGAACUAUGAUCUUUGGUACACACUUAUUUUGCCAUUCAAUAUUAGUUCAGAGUCCCAUUUGGGCAUGACUUGCAGCAAGAAAAGUAGCUCCAGGGCAUUGGCAGUUAACAUGGGUAGAGGUUACUGUGUAAAGAUACUUCAGGCAUUUUAGUCUCUUUGUAUUUCAGAGGUCAGAGCAUUUUAAUAUCAAUCUUCUCUAUUUCAUGGAGAAACUGUCCAACAGAAACUGCAGAAUACAAGGCUCUAACUCUCUGUAAGUUCCCUCAGCUACAAAAUCAAACCUUGUACAUCUUUAAACAUCUUCAUAUAGAAUUCAGCAUCUUUACUGAAAUUACCUUCCACUGUAGUAGGUCACUUGCAUUGAUGCACGUUUUUUGUUCACUGGAUUAAUCCUUGUAGAAAUGUAUUUGUGCUAGAAAUAAAGGGUUUUGAGGAACAAAUGUAAUUUGAAACUGCAGAAGUUAGAAUGGAAGGAAUCACGGUUUUAAUGGGUUGAAUUUGCUGCUGCUACAUACAUUAACUAUUAUUUCACUGGCAUUUGGUAUCUUGUGUGUUACAGUCACUGGAGCAACAUGUGCAGCAUUAAAAAUAGCUACAAUAAACCUGUAUAAUGUUAAUGUUGGAGCACACCACUAUAGCUGCUCUGAUUAAUAUUUGUUAAUCUACUUAAACCUGCAUAUUAGUGUUUUGUUGACUUCUUACAUUCUUUAUACAAUCAAAUCCUUGUGUCAUUUAAAUAUGGGGAAAAGUAAAUAGUUUACACAGUUUAAUUAACUUAUAUAGAUCUUAUUUUAAGACAAAUAAGCAAAGUAAUAAUAUGAUAAGAAAGCUUAGAAUCUGUUCUACAAUCAAAAUUUCUAGCAUUUCUAGUUUUGUGCUAGUCCUACUUCACUAGAAUAUGUAGCUAGUCUUUAUGGAUAGGAUUAAAUUUUUUACUAAGUAGAUAAUUAAUUUUUAAGCAGUAUUGUCUAAUAUUGAUGAGCAGAAACAAAGGUUCUUGGAGAAGCUUGUCAGUCUAGCCAGACUUGGCAAGCAUACUUUUUCAGAAUAACAUAUAAUACAAUGAACAAAAUGUGACUACCACAGAAUAAUUUAAGCAGUGAGUCUUCAGAGAUUUGAUGGACUGAAUUUUUGGACAAGGCUUUUUGCUUUGUUUUGCCUUCAGUGAGGGAGUAAUGAUCCUUAGAUUUUGUUUGUACUCAGUAGGAAGUGAACCUUUGCACUCUAGUGUAGGGACAAAAAAAAACCCACGACUGUUGGGUUGUAUGUUCUAGAGCAAUUAUGGAAAUCAAGCAGUGAAAUGAAAUGUAGAUGUGACUUUUAAAUGUAUGUUUGUCUUGUAUUCAUUUGGGGAUAAGAGUUCUUUACAAUUGGAACUUGCUAUAUUUUAAUGUUAGAUAUAAGAGAGGAUAAAUCAGCUAUUCUCAAAUGCACUUAACACUCAAGUUAGUUUCAAAGGAAGGUCAGUGUCCCUGUCUAAGAAAAUUUUCCUUCUUUUUUGCCAUGUGUUCAGAGGUAUGUUUCCUUCAGAACAACUUGUCUAUUCUUCCAACCAGCAAAAGAAGAAUGUAGCAAAGCAUUGGUGAGGUGGCCUCAUUUCAUGUUUAGAUAACUCUGUCUACCUCCCAAAAAGUGCUCUGAUUAAUGUCCUUAAGGGGAGUUCAUCAGGCUCAGUUUUUUCGGAAACCUCAUGCCAGACCUAAAUCCUCUUUUAGAGGUGAAAAGCUUUAUCUAUGAAGCCAUCUAGUUUCCCCAGAACAGUUUAAGGGUGUGUGGGGAGGGGUGAUGAAGGAAAAAUAUAUACAUACAUAUGUGGUGGUAGAUGCUUCAGGUAGUAGUUAAAUUUGGGAAAACUAGAAUUAACAUAAACUUUCAUUAAUCUUUUCCUCUGAAAAAGCGACGUAUUGCUAAAAAAAUAUAUAUAUAAUAAUAUAUGGAGGAAAUGUGUGCUUCCAAGAAAUUUCUUGUAGACAGUUUAUGCUUUUCAAGUAUAAACCUGACACUUUCUAGUGGCUUUUACUUAGUGUGUAAUGUUACUUCUCAGGGCAUAGUCAUAGUGAAUUAGGGUACAUUUUUACAGUUUAUAAUUAUUGAUUUAAAAAUAAAACCUAAAUGCUAAACAUGUAGUAGCUGGCUUUUAACAUUUUUUGUCUAGUGUAGUGUUUUAUAUCUACCCACACACUAAUACUGUACCUUACCAUCUCAUCUACAUCAUAUUUUUAUUCUGUAUCUUAAAUUACUGUUAUAGUCUUGCAGGAAGCUCCUGGGAGUUGCUGUGUUUCUUCUCUAAGUUCCCUAGUACAAUUCAGUAGGCUAUUCAGUGUACAGCUGAGUAUCUCACGUGGGCAUAGCUGUAAUGAUGGUGAGCUUCUUACUCUGUAUCUGUGUUGGCAUGCUACGUAUCUCAGAUUUUUUUAUUUUUAUUUUUAAACUCGUUAGGAGACAAUAUUAGAAUUAACAAUGCUUUCAGUUGUUGAUGGCUGGCAUAUGUUUAUUGAUGAUGUAAAUACCCAAAGGUUGGACUAGGUGAUCUUCCAACCUAAAUGAUUCUGUGAUUCUAUCCUGAAGAGCAGAACUCUUACCUGAAGUCUAGUUUAUUAAGCAUCUUUUCCUGCACCAUCUCAAACCUGCUGCUAAUCCUUCUAUAUAGGUGGAGGCGGGGAAGAGCCCACAGCAAAAGGGAGGCGUGUAUUUUGUUCACAGGACAUGUUCUGAUUAGAAUAAAAUUGUGGUGAAACAAAGAGCUUUUCUUGGAUGAGGCAUUCCUGUAUGUUCCUUUUGGAACUGGUAUGUCACUAAUACAUUAGGAUUCCCUGAACAAAUGGCUGUGUAGAAUGAAUAGAUAAGUUCGGUAUGUGUUGUUGUUCUUGUUUGUUUUAAGCAGAGUAUAGAUUACGUUAUUACCUGUUGAAAAGUCACAUAAAUGAUUCAAGGUACCAAAACUUGUGUUUGGUGUUUGUUUUUUUUUUUAUAAGACAAAAUAUGUUUAUACCUACUAUGUUAAUUCCCUUUUGUUCCAGUUCUUUUUUGAAGUGUCGACAUUUAAAACUGGGUAGCUAUCUUGUAAAACGUGCUUGGGAAUGUAUUGUUUAACUUCAUGUAAUAAAAAAUAGUGGAUGUCUUAAAUGGUUUUAAGUAGCAUUAGGAUUCACGAUAGUGAUAGCACUAUGAUAUUUAAGUAUGCCAUUAAACACUAAUUUUGUAGCACUCUCAUGUCCAUCAAAAUACUAUUCUACAAAGGGCAAAAUGUUUAUUUUAUCAAGAUAUGUGAAAAAGUAUUUAAUUCUCACAGCUUUCAUAUUAGGAUAAACAGUUGUUUUUAAACACUAUUUUGCAAUAUUUUUCUAUAAAAAAUUCUCAGAUGCACAUUUGUGACCAUUGUAAUUUUUUGAUUUCCAAUGUUGAUAAAUUAGAUAAAUAUUAAGUUUUGUAGCAGAAAGAAUAAGAGAACAGUAAAACACUGGAAAGUGAUACAAUAAAUGAACAGUGUUCUACAGGAUAAUGAUUAUAAAGCAUUAAGUUUAUUUUUCACUGGUCUUGCUUAGUUAUAAAAUGAAUUUUUUUCAGGGAUUAUUUUUUUUCAUUAGUAGAGAUAUGUGAACAAAUUAUUGAUAUUUAUUCUCCCACAGUAAGCAUGUGUAUAUGUACAGGUGGAUGAAUGGCAGCAGAGCCGUGUUCAUGUAACAUCCUGUAAAAAAAAAAAAAAAAAAAAAACGCAAAAUCUCCCACAUAGGACUAUUUUUAUGUAAUGCUGAUGAUCUGUGAGUAGAACUCUUCCAUGGAAGACCUGUCUUAAGUUUCUGGUUCUAGAGAGAUAAUUGCCAGUGUCAAGGUUUUCUGAAAGCAGCAAGAUCUCUUUCUUCCCCUCUGUGUCUUCAUCUUCUUUCCUUUCAUGAUCUUGGUCUGUGUGCAUCCACAGACCAAAUCAUUGUUACAAGUGCUUAUAGCUCGUGUUUGAGACAGUGAAAGAACUGGCAAGGUUCUGCAGACUGGCAGGACUGGGGGGUGGGUGUUCAGUUGGUGUCCUACUUGCCAGAUAGCUUACAAAAGUGCCCCAGAAGGAAAAAGGCACAUUUUUGAUGAACUACUUCAGCAUCAGAGGAGACUAGAAAGAGGAUGUGAGACACAGGCUGGCAACUGAAAUUGAUAUUUGAAUUACAGACAUCAAAUGGUUCUUUUGGUACGUUACUUUCAGUGUUUUCUCGUAUUGUCCGUAUGAUAAAAAAAAAAAAAGAAUUUUUGAUGUGACUUUUUUUUAAGUUACUCAUCAUUUUGAAUGCCUUCUGGUUUUGAACUACUGGAUUUAAAAUCUCUCUCUUACAGGGCUUUUAUUUUUAUUUUUUGCAAAAUGCUAUCACCUUUACUCUUUUCUCCUAGACAAUACCAUUCACUCCAAAUGUUCUAAAAUGAGCACCUGAAAUCACAAGGCAUUAUUGAAAAUACUGCUUGUCAUUUUUAAUUCAAAAUUUACUGCAGGGGCAUUUUCUGCUCAUACAUGUUUCUUUCAGGUUAUCUUAUUGCUGGGGUGGGAAGGCAGAAGGGGUUUAUAGGAAGCCCUGAGCAGAUAUGUAUAAUUUUGGUUCACUUAAUUUGGGGUUUCAUUAGAUCAGAAGGCUUAGUAUGAGCAAGUAAUAAAACCUACAGAGUCUUUUCACAGAAACAAUUUGCAGGAUGUGGCAGUUUGCUACCAGUCUGCGUGCUUAAUUUUAGAACAGAACAGAACAGAGCAGUUCAGUUAGGAGGGACCUGCAAAGAUCACCAAGUCCAGCUGCCCAAGCACUUCAGGGCUAACCAAAAGUUAGAGUACAUUAAUGAGGGCAUUGUCCAAAUGCCUCUUGAACGCUAUGGGAGAAUCAGCCACCUCUCCAGGAAGCCUGUUUCAGUGUUUCACCACCCUUGCGGUAAAGAAAUUUUUCCUUGUGUCCAGACUGAUCCUCCCCUGGCACAGCUUUGUGCUGUUCCUGUGCAUCCGGUCAUUGGUUACGAGGUAGAAGAGAUCAUUUUUACUUCUGUUAAAGCAAGUGACAAAAUUCCCUCUUGAAUUCACUGGGAAAGAAUCAGGCCAUGCUGCAGAGAGGGCAUCAGUCACUGCAUGGUGGCUUUGUGUGAUGGGUUGUAAGUGAUUUCAGAUGGUCAUAUUCAUGACCUCACGAAUAACAGUUGUUAGGGUAAUGUAUAUUCAUUAGUGCUGUGGUUGAGGAAAAACUGUUCAGGUUCUGGAGUGCUACUGGUUUAAAAGGGCAGCUAGAGACUAAUAUGGGUACUACCCAAGUAUCAAGAGCUAGGAAAACUUUUUUGUUUUUGUGAUUGAGAAAAGUCUCGUACUUUGUACCUGUGUGCUAACAGGGUAACACAUAACAAGUUCUAGGAGGUACUGCAUAUCAAGGUACUAUAGGUCAGUUGACUGAGUAUGCAAAAUUCUUAGGGACAAAUGGUAAGCUUUUAGGUGACACGUAAUAAUUGGUGUAACGUUGAAGGGAGAAAGUCUUAAUAAAUAGUGAAAGGCUUAAGUUUUACUGUUCUCAAAGCUUGCUGUAUAUGUUCAUGGUGCAACAGUAAACUGCACGUUUGUCACACUGUCAUCUCACAGAUGCUUAUAAUUGGGUAACAACUUUACUUUUUAAAAUGCAUCUACUCAAUGUUGAUUUGAAAUGUUCUAGAAUUAUUUGUUGUUAUCUAGUACUAGAUCUUUUCCUCUUUUUAAUCCUUCUCCAGUGGAACCUAGCCAGAUACAGAUUUUCAUCAUUAUAAACCUAGCUUUGCUGUAAAGGGAAGUUGAAAUUUUGCCAUAUAAAAUGUUCAGAUCUCUGGUGUCUACUUAGAAACAUAGGAGGACAUCCUAACAUCGCUUUCCAGUUGUGCACACUGAGUUUUACCUUGUUUAUCUUGAAUAUUUUCUAUUGCAUGUUAAUUCUAUUUUUACAUAUUCUAGUAGUACAAAAUAUAUUUUAAAAAAAAAGAACUUCCCUAGAGCCCUAACCAUUCUAUGCAGAUGUCUUCCAAAAUUUACAGGUACAAUUUUAGUGGUGAUGGUGAUAAAUGGAUUUUUUUUUCACUUAUUUAUCAGCAGACUUGUUUUUAUAUGUAUUAGUGAUAGAAUGUACUAAGCACAGCUGUAAGUUAUUGUAUUUCUGUAGAAAAUGGAAAAUAGUGUAAAAUUGUUUUUGUUACAUGUUGGCAGUUUUUAAAUAAAGUUUUCAUCUCCUAAAA